AUGCUAAAAUUGUCUCUUCGGCUUUUUCUCGUUGCCUGCUUUAGAGUUAGGACUCUUACGUCAGACGACUGGAACUUGAAGGAUUCGUAUAUUGGCUGUUUCCGGAAUGUGGGAUCUUCAAAGAAUGCAUCCAUCGUCACGGAAAAAGUGGAAGAAUGUGUGGAGUUCUGUGAAGAUGAAACGAACAACCUGAUUGCCCUGAAGAACGGCAAAGAAUGUCACUGUACAUAUAAGCUGGACUGUGCGGUGGCCUCUUUUCUCUGUAAUGUUUCAUGCGCCAGCAAGCAAGCCUGUGGAGGUGAAGAAUUCUAUUCAGUUUAUAAAGCUAAACCACGAAGGAUUCAUGAUGGUUUCUUUUCUUUGAGCACAUAUCCAGUUCCUUCAAUUUCAAUGGAUUUCGAAGGUUUCACUCUUGAGCUGUGCGCCCAUUUUUGCUUCGAACACAAUUACACAUUCUUCCAAACUACAUUGGAAGAUGUAUGCGACUGUAACAAUGAAUAUGAAUACAAUUCAAUGAACUACAGUGAAUUAGUAUGCAAUCAGAUGUCUUCAUCUGACAGCAAAGAAAUAUCUGAUUGUUUUUUUAAAAAUUUCGAUCAUGUAAAUGUCUUGUAUUCGACGCGCUUUCAGUACGAGUUUCAAAGGGGUGUAUCUAUUCAUUCCCACUGCAAAAACGGCAACGGGGAUUAUAAAAUUGAAGAGACUUGCUCCGAAGGCUGCUUGGAAGGAUGGAAAGGGAAGUCGUGUAUGGAGAGAAACUGCGCUACGAACAAUGGAGACUGUGGCAACGAAAUGAAAUGCAUCCAUUCACGAGUGAAUGAUUUUGAGUAUAUCGAAUGCGUCUGUCCCUAUGGAACCGUCCGAAACAAGUGGCAUCUCUGCGAAGUCUUCAAAGUCAACUUGGCCCUGUUUAAACCAUCGUACGCCAGCUCUACGCAUAACGAUUCAAGAAGAGGCCCGUGUGUUGCGGCACACGUUAGCGAUGGAAUCUACAACGGUUGGUUGGUAGCACGAGUCAGUGAAGAGGUUUCAGCCUGGAUAGCUGUCGACCUCGAGAAUGUGUACUGCGUUGGUCUUGUGAGAAUAUAUGAUGCAGCUCACGAUAACACAAAUGCAGUAGAACGCAUGGUCAAGUUUGUCAUUAGAUUAGGUAGACAGUUUGACAUAAGUGCUAAAUCGGAUAUGAGAGAUGAAUUAGAAACAUGUGGAAUGGGACCUGAUAAGAAGGAGCUGGCUGGCAUUGCCAUGAAUAUCCUGUGCGCUGACUUCACUCUUCUUUCACAAUUUGUCGUAAUCCAACAGGCACAUCACAAACUCGCAGUCGCCGAAUUAGAAGUUUACGAAGCUGGCUGCGACAUAAUGAAUGGAAGAUGUGGAGAGAAGAAAUGCGUGGAAUUACGGAACGCAAGUUCAACAGUUAUUAACUGCGAAGAAUGGGUUAAUGAUACCACCAUCGAUCAGCCAUCAUACGGCUGCUUCAAGAAGGUUGUGGCCGAACACGAGCACCACAGGUACGGACUCUCGUACGAACAAUGUGUAAAUGUUUGCAGGUCCAAUUCAUACAAUCUGAGUGUCGUGAAAGGCGGAAUGAAGUGUCUGUGCGGAAAUAGGUUGACUGUAUAUGACGAGGUACCGGAAGAAAGCUGCAAACUGCCUCACCACCAAUUCUAUCUGGUGUUUCACGAUUAUCUUAUGCUUGGUGAUGAUAUAACAACUAGCAACACUUCAACCGCUGCUGCUAAUGAUUCACUGGCCGGAACAAACAUCAACUUCUCCUAUGAGGACGAGCCACCAUCAUAUAGAACUGAACUCGCUAGCAGUGACGAUAGUGCAGGCAAGACAAGAAACAGAAGAACUAAACUGAAAAGCGCUGGAAAGAGGGAAAAUUGUGGAAAUGUGAGGGCGGAUUUGCACGUCUGCACUUUAUCCGAACUGGAAAAAAAGGAAAAAACAUGA